AUGGCCUAUGACCGCUACGUUGCCAUCUGCAAACCCCUGCACUACGGGACCCUCCUGGGCAGCAGAGCUUGUGUCCACAUGGCAGCAGCUGCCUGGGGCAGUGGGUUUCUCUAUGCUCUCCUGCACACGGCCAAUACAUUUUCCCUGCCCCUCUGCCAGGGCAAUGCCCUGGACCAGUUCUUCUGUGAAAUCCCCCAGAUCCUCAAGCUCUCCUGCUCACACUCCUACCUCAGGGAAGUUGGGCUUCUUGUGGUCAGUGCCUGUUUAACCUUCGGGUGCUUUGUUUUCAUCGUGCUGUCCUACGUGCAGAUCUUCAGGGCCGUGCUGAGGAUCCCCUCUGAGCAGGGACGGCACAAAGCCUUCUCCACGUGCCUCCCUCACCUGGCCGUGGUCUCCCUGUUUGUCAGCACUGCCGUGUUUGCCUACCUGAAGCCCCCCUCCAUCUCCUCCCCAGUUCUCGACCUGGUGGUGGCUGUGCUGUACUCAGUGGUGCCUCCAGCACUGAACCCCCUCAUCUAC